AUGUGCGUGACAGAAAAAUGGUUCUACCGUGAAUGCGGUUGUCACUACGAUCAUCCCAUCCUCUGUGGUGCCUAUCGAGCGCGCCAUGUGCUUGGGGCUCAGAACAGUCAACCUAAUAAGCCAGGCUUAUGGUUUGGAGAGAGCCGCGAUCAUUCCAAUGAGGAACCCCGGGCCUUAAGCGCAAGGCCUCCUGAGCCUCAGUCCUGUCCCUCGCAUCAGACAGUUGAGCGGUCGUUUUUAAACCAGAUCUGUGAGGAUUGUCUUAUGGCAGAGCUCCAUCCAACACCCUCACAACCAACAAAUCCAACCGUCCCUGCCACCGCACUGGUUGUUCCAGGACACGGGGAAGGGCUCAUCUGGGACAGUGAAGUCAAGGUCGAAAUCCACAAUGAGAACUCAGACGCGACCUCCAGCACAACCACUCCGCAUAUUGCCUGCCUAGAGGACGGGUCACGAGAUGAUGACCGAAGAAUAUUGGAAAGUCACAUCGAGGUCCAAAUCGAAGUCGAUAGCUAUAGUGUUUCAGCGGAGGAACCUUCCUCUCCACUGUCGCUAAAGUCCCAUGGCGAAGACAGCUCACAGUCCUCUUCAAUCCCGACGUCUCCCAUGAGUCCGGAUUACUCAGACAGAUUUGGCCUUACCUCGACUGCAUAUAAGAACAAGAGAUACGGCCUUACCUUCGACCGGCCCGUCGUUACGGACUUCGACGACGCUGACAAUGAAUCGGACUCCAGCCUCGAAUUACCCCGUCGAUCUUCUUCUUCGGCAGGACGGGGAAGGUCUCUGCAGCGUGCAAACGUCAAGGGCGCCGUGAGGUGUCCGUCAGGGCCAGAAUCCGUGGACUCGUCGUCCAAAGGCAAGCCACAUGGAAGUGGCGUCUCAAGAUUCAAGACUCUAAGGUCUUUCUCGAACUCUCUUAUUCCCACUCCCAAGCCCAAGGAUGAGCGAAACCUGUUCGACAACCGUUCAACUGUCAGUCUGGCCCCGUCCUCAACAUCCACAAAGUCCAAACCAAGGAGCUUAUUUCGAGGGUUUCGAGCCAGGAAAGCGUCUCCGUUGAUUGCAGAGUCAAUCGAAGCUAAGCCGGUCCUUCUAGCCGACGCUCCCCAUGAGACCAUCCAGGCAAUAAAGUCGCAGCAGACGAUUGACAACUCGCCAAGGCCGCCUCGCAAAUCCAGCUUGAAAAGCUGGGCGUUCCUCAAACUUCAUGACCGGAAAGAUAAAGAGCGGAGUAACGGAUUUGAUUAUCCAAAUCGCUUGAGAAGCCUUGCACCUAGCCCAACGGAGUCUUGGUCAGGCAAACAACUCGGAUGUUCCGAGAAGGAGUACUCACAGCUAUCGGACCCUGCUUCGGAAAACGAGUCCAUCAUUAGUGAUGAGGAGCACGAGGCACAAGUGGAAGUCAUUGAAGAAGGAAGAGCCUCGCCAGUAGUUGUAAUUCCAGGCCUUCCCAAGCCGUCCGUGGUGUCUACGGAGCAGACCAGCCUCGAGGAAGCCCUGGAUUUCGAACUGAAGCUUGACGAUUUAGAGGGGAGAAGCGAGGAUCAGACAUCUGAGUGCGACGAUGAUGACUCUUAUCGACCUUGCACUUGCAAGCCAAUCGACAAGAGAUUGAAUCACUGGCAGUUGGAGCAAGCGGCGUUACGGGACUCAUGGCCACUUCGGACAGAGAUGACCAAGCCUGCAAAGACAGAACCCCGCGUGCUGCUCCGAACCAUAGCCCGUCGUCCUGCAGACAAAAGGUUUGCGGAGGGAGACGCAGGCAUAGAGCCAACAUCGGCACGGGAAAGCGAGCAAGCUGACCACCACCACAACCUGCUCACGCCACUCCUACGACCCGAACAAGGACCUGGGCCUGCUGAUGCAGCGACAUCGAAAAGGCCGACGUUUCCACCACGUAAGAGCUCAUUGAAGACGCGUCUCGAAUUACGCCGGAAAUCCAGGCCACUUUCGGAGUGUGAUGUCCCCGUACCAGCUACAGUGCCUCCCUCUUGUUGA